CCCUAGGAUGAGGCGCUGUCCCGUGCUGCUGUUCCUGGCCUGGGCUGGCUUCCUGUUCCUGGCCGGCCUGUGGCUUUUCGCCAGCGGGUUCCUGCUGCUGCGGGUGGAGCUGCCCCAGCGCAGCGCCUGCUCCCCCUCACCUGCCCCGGCCGCGGCCCUGGCCGUGGGCUCGUGCUGGCUGCCGCGGCGCUUUGCGCGGGCCGUACUGGUGCUGGUGGACGCGCUGGCCUUCGAGUUCGCUCGCUUCGAAGUGGCACGGCCGCGCCCACGGCCCUAUGAGAACAAGCUGGGUGCCCUGCACCACCUGGCGGCCACCCAGCCCCACCACGCCCGGCUCUACCGCUUCCGCGCCGACCCGCCCACCACCACCAUGCAGCGCAUCAAGGGCCUCACCACCGGCUCCCUGCCCACCUUUGUCGACGUCGGCAGCAACUUCGCCUCCUACGCCAUCCGCGAGGACAACCUGCUCGCGCAGCUCAUGCACAAUGGGAGGAGAGUGGUGUUCAUGGGGGAUGACACAUGGGACGGGCUCUUCCCCAAGAUGUUCUCUCGCUCCUACUUCUUCCCGUCCUUCAAUGUGAAGGACCUGCACACCGUGGACGACGGCAUCCUGCAGCACCUCUACACCACGGUGGAUGGAGGGGACUGGGACCUGCUGAUCGCCCACUUCCUGGGCGUGGACCAUUGUGGGCACAAGCACGGGCCUGACCACCCAGAAAUGGCCAAGAAGCUGACCCAGAUGAACGAGAUGAUCAGCUCGCUGGUGGAUCAUCUGGAGAACGACACACUGCUGCUGGUGGCAGGUGACCACGGCAUGACGGACACUGGGGACCAUGGGGGAGACAGUGAGAAGGAGGUGAACGCGGCACUCUUCGUGUACAGCAAAAUGCCGCUCUUCCGAGCUGGCCCACCAGAGGAGCCGGAAACUGUCCCACAGGUGAACCUGGUGCCCACGCUGGCCCUGCUGCUGGGCGUGCCUAUUCCCUACAGCAGCAUCGGGGAGGUGAUGGCCGACCUGUUUGAGGGGGACGGGGACGCUGUCACCGCUGCGCUCAGCCAGCUUGCAGCAUAUCAUGUCAACGCCAAGCAGGUGGACCGCUUCCUGGACUCCUAUGCGCUGGCUGCCCAGGACCUGCCUGGGAACCGGCUGCAGCAGCUGAAGGAGCUGUUCACCGCGGCAACAGAGGAGCAUGCCCAGUUGCUGGCCCAGGUGCAGGAGGGGCUGCCGGCGUUGCCGGAGCUGGAAGCCCAGCUGGGGCGGCUGCGCAGCCACUUCCAGCACUACCUGCGGGAGGCACGGGCUGUGUGCACAGCAUCCUGGGCCCGCUUCCACCCCUUCCGCAUGGUGGCCGGCUGCACCCUCAUUGCUGCCUCCUGCCUGCUUUGCUACAUCGCCUCCGAGCUGACCAACGCCCUGGACUUCUACCGCCACUGCUUCUACUCACUGUUUGGGGGCCUGCUGGCAGCGGCUAUAUUUGGAUGGGCCCAUGGGGACCUGGACCCCAUCUUGGUGGCAUCAUGGGUAGCUGCAGCCUCCCAGCUGGGCUUCUUUUGGCACUGGUGGAGCCAGCGGCCACGGCGAGUCCAUCUGGCUAGUGUCCGGCCACCGGUGGCCAGCAUGGGGCUGUGGCAGAGGCUGCGAGCGUGGCUGGGGCCGGCUUUGCCCCUGGGCAUCCUGGCCCUCCGCUGUGGCGCUAUGUUUUCAGACAGCUUUGUGAUAGCCGAGUCCCGAGUGGUCCCAUUCCUCCUGGCUUCCCUGGUCAUGCUGUGGGUGGGGAAGCUCCACUGGGAUGGCCAGCUGAGCACCCCCCCAGAUGCCCCCAAGCACCCCCCUGGCUCCUUCUCCUGCCAUAAGGAGAGCCGGCCCCUGCUGGGCCUCCUGGCUGCCCUGCUGGUUUGCUUGCGCCUCUCGAGCCUCUUCCACCAGUGCCGCGACGAGGUGCUGCACUGCCAGCCCUCGCCCUGCUUGGCGCCGCUGUCCAGCCUGCGCAGCCCCCAGGCCAAGAACCUCUGCUACCUCCUGUGCGUGGCCUCGCUGGUGGGGCUGGUGUAUGCAGUACGGCGCUGGCUGCGUCACUACGGCAACCUCAACAGCACCAGCCCCCUGGUGCUCUUCGUACGCUGGGGCUUCCCGCUGACGGCCUUCUGCAUUGCCUGCUACUGGGCCGUCACCUCGGGCACCGAGGACACGCUGGGCAAGCUGCAGGAGCUGGUGCAGGCUGCGCUGGUUGCCUUCCCUCGUGCUGUCUAUGGGCUGGUGGCUGUUGGGCUACUGCUGGUGCUGUGGAAGCCGGUGACAGUGUUCGCCCAGGACAAUCGGGCUGCAGCCGGACCCAUUGUGACCCCCUACCAGGGGGCACCCAGCUCCCAAGCCGACCUGCUGCACGUCAUCUCACAGAUCUACAGGAGGAUGCAGGAGUCCCUGAAUAGCCGGCUGGAGGGUGGGAGUCGGUGGGCAGCAGUGGCUGCCUAUGGGCUGGGCAGCGUGUACUCGGCUGCCCUGAUCAUCACCCUCACACUGCUGGGCUUCUUCCUGCUGCUGCUACACAGCGAGCGCAUGAGCCUCUCCUUCCUGCUCCUCUUCCUGGAGGCCUUCAUACUGCUACGGCUCCAUGUGUCUGCCAUGAGCCUGGCUGGCGAGGCGGAGUCCUUUGUGGUCUCCUGGAACGCGGUGAUCGCCUGGGUCCUCGCCACCGCCCAGUUCUUCUAUUCCACAGGCCACCAGCCCAUCUUCCCCGCCAUCCACUGGAAUGCGGCUUUUGUGGGCUUCCAUGAGGACCAUGCCACCCACCUGGUACCUGCCCUGCUGGUGGCCGCCAACACCUUUGCUUCCCACAUCCUUUUUGCAGUUGGCUGCCCCCUGCUCCUGCUCUGGCCGUUCCUGUGCGAGACACCCAGCUCCCGGUGGAAGAGGCUGAAGAAGGACCCUCAGGAUGAGGAGCAGGAGCCGCUCAUGGAGAUGAGGCUGCGGGAAGCCCCGGAGAGGUUCUCAGCCAUGCUGCUGCAGCUGGGGCUCAAGUACUUUUUUGUCCUUGGCAUGCAGCUCCUGGCCUGUGUCUGCACUGCCAUGAUCCUCAGGAGGCAUCUCAUGGUCUGGAAGGUCUUUGCUCCCAAGUUCCUCUUCGAGGCACUGGGCUUCGUGGUGAGCUAUGUCUGCCUCCUGCUGGGCAUCUCCCUGGUGCUGCACGUGGACUGUGCCGUUAGUGCCUGGUACAGGCAGCUCGAACCCAGGUAGCAGCUGAGCCGCCGGGAGGGAGCAGGGAGCCCAGUGCAUCUGUCCCCUCCCUGCCGUGUGGGGCCUGCAGGGACUUGGCAGCCUGGGCUGCUCCUGCCUCCCUGCCGUGAGGGGCUGCCGGUUGGCUUUCACUCGCAGAGUGCACGAGCACGGAGCUGGGUGUCUUUUCCCCCUGCGCUGGGGUUGGAGGCUGGCUGUCUGCCCUGGUGAUUGAGGGACCAGCUGGGUGGGGGAUGGACACAUCAAGCAUGUCCCUGAGCUGAUCAGUGAGGGGCAGUGCAGCCUGCAGUGGCUGCCAUGGACCGGCCAGGCUUUUGAAGAGGAGGACCUGUGAAGUGCAUGCAGUCUUGGAACUGCUUCCCCAGCCUGGCAGCAGCUGCUCCUAUGAGACUGCCACCCCUGUCUGCUGCCUGGGGUGAGCUCUGGCCCCACCAGCCCCUUUCUUCCUUGUCUUCCUCAGCCCGUGGAAGGGCUCUGCAUGUGUGCACCCCUGGGUCUGUGUGCAUGGGUGCGUACAUGGGUUUGUAGCUGGAGAAGCCUGCCAGGUGCAGGGUGGCAGGGCCCAACUAUGGUCUGUGUGGCACUGCUUCUUGAGAUGCAGCUCAGUUGGUGGGGGAGGGGACAGCCGGGUUGAGGCCAGUGUGCCCUGGGCAAGGCCCUUUCUGAACCAGUGACCCCUUUUCCACCUCCUCAGAUCCCAAACCAGCCCCAACCCCCAGCUCUAGAGCCUUCAGUGGGGCUGUCUAAUAAGUCAUAUCCACCUGGCUCCUCCAUACUGUUGGCCGGUCAUCUCCCCCUGCGGUGGGGAAAUGAUCCUGGAAGCUGCACAGGGCUUGGAAGGGGCUGUCUUUGCUGGCGGGACCCAUGGAGUCACCCACUUGGCCCACCCCGCACACGACUUGCUGACACUGCUGGGGAGAGCAGCCAGGUCUGGCUUCAGCUCCACAGAUGUGCCCAUGAGUGUGUGGUGCAGCCAAGGGGCCCCUCUUGCCAUGGCUGCAGUGCUCAGCUCUUCGCAAGGGGGUUGAGCUCUGCAUUUGACCUCUGGUGGGCAACCCACAGGGUCACCUGCUACGGGGCUGUUCUCUGCAGUGCCCAGCUGCUCCUUCAGCUCUUGCAUGGUGUGAGCAGGGGCCUUUCUGAGCAUCUUUCUCUGCAGUGUGGGAGCUCCUGUCACUGCGUGCAGCUGCUGCCUGACUUCUGCCCAGCCUCAGCAGACAGUACUGGGAGCUCUGAGGCUGUGGCUGGCCUGACAUCCCUGCUGCUGCCGGGACUGUGCUGUGCUUUCCGCUUCCCAGCACAACUCAUCAUUAGACAGCCAAGCCCUUUGCAGCCUGGGUCUGGGAUAUCGGGGCACCUGGCACAUGUGAGUGAGCACUGCCCCCAGCGCGCCUGCUUCCAUCAGGGCUGGAUUACCCCACACCCAGGGCAUGCGUAGCUACGACUUGGGCACAGCCACGUAAGGAAACAGUGGCUGAACCCAAAAGUCCUGGCUCCGCAAGAUCCUGUGUUUGUCCCCACUUCUUUGCUAGCAGGUGCCAUGUCCCAGGCUCUUUCCACCCCCCUGGCUUGGGGGAGAGUCCUGUACAACUGACCUAGACUCUUAAACUCCAUGUUACCUUUAGGCUCUUUAGGGGUAUGAGCACUGAUGUGGGAGCUCAGUCUCCCCAGUUUCCCAAUCAGUGUAAUGGGACCCCUCACCGGAGAGGGCUCCUUAGACUGUGCAGUCGUGCCAAGAAGCCCCCAGCUGAAUGGGGGCCCCGUUGAGCCAGUCCCUCCUGAGAGGCGGACUAGGCUUCCACACCAAAGGCCUUAAAGCCCGGCGGUUGUGCAGCACGCCAGGAGCCAAGGCUGCGCUCAUUGCUUUUGCUAGUGCCUAGCCUCCCCCUGAGCCUGCUGGCUGCCUUGGGAAACGACAGGCAGUCUCCACUGAGCCUGGGGGCACAGGGUGUCAGUUGCUGCCAUGAAAUUGGCUGCGCUGGUAGUUUAAGCUCUGGGGCUGACAUGCAGAGGAGGGAGGCAGUGGGCCAGCCACAGGCAGGGCUGAGUACCUCCCGGAGCGUUGUGCUGCUGCUGUCCUACUGUCAGCUUUCACCCGUCCCUGGAACAGGGAGAGAACUCCCUGCAAGGACCCCCAAGCAGAGCCAGGGUCGCCCCCAGGCAGGGGUGCAGUGGGUGGGAACUCGGGACAAGGCCCAGCUUCCUUGUGGGUGUCUGUGCACUGUCCCCCAAGGCACCGCUUGCAGAGACACCCUGUUUCUGGGGUGCAGGGGCAGCCUGUCCUGGGCUCUCCAGAUGGGCCAGGCUGGUACCGGAUCCUGCAGUCGCGGCUAGACAAUGCAUUUCAGUGCAUUCCUCAGCCUGUUUGGUGAUGCUGGAAGGGUCUUUUCACAUCCUCAGUUUGCUACUUCUUGCUGGUGUCUGCAGACUAGGGUCAGUCCUGGCCCGGCCACUGCUGCCUGCUUUGCUCUGGUAGAGGGUGGCCGGAUGCUCCUUGGCAGUGACCCUGCCUGGCCAUGGUGGGCUCUGUCCAUCUGCACAGGAAUAAGACUCCAUCGCAGCCCCUACCCAGUGCAAGCCCAGCUGCCAGCAGGGAUGGCCGGGAGGUCUUGGUGCGUGCCUAUUUUGUACAGCCUGGAAAUCUUCAGAGAUCCCGCUCCCCCGCGGGCCUGGGAUCAGUGCCAAAUGAGUCGCCAGGCUAUCCCCAGGCCUCUGUCCUGCCUGGCUCGUGGCACCAAGGGCUGAGUUUUGCACUGAUUCCCCGGGGUGGUGGAUCUCAGCACUCAGCCCCUUCCCUUCUGCUCGUUCCUUUCUGCGAAAUGGUUUGAUCAUCUUUGCAAAGUGCUUGCCUGGCUGCUGCUGCCCCAGGGAGAAGCCAGGCAGGCCAGUGCGCAAAGUCCACAGCUAGGGACCAGGAGUCACCUUGUCUCCCGGAUGGACAGCAGUACAGGGCACCUGCUUCUGCCUUUGCAUGCCUUGAGUUCCCUGUUGCUCUGCCUCACUUUGAGAGCUCUGCAUGCAGCUGGCUGCCAAGGGGCUGUGCUUUCCCGGGCAGCUCUCAGUAUCUGCUUGUCCCUUCCUUUGCUCCUGUGGUGACCUCACCCCCUAGGGGGAGGUGAUUCCUGUGUCUGCCAGUGAGAGGGUCCUGGAUGGGUGAGGUGGCUGCAACCUGCCCCAUCUGGGCUCCCCUCUGGGCUGCUUCCAUCCUCCAGAACCCUUUGAUUUGUGCUCUGGAUGGGGGCACGGGACAUUGGUUGGCCCUGCUCCAUUCCCAGCUCUGCAACUGAGUCACUGUGACCCCCUGCAAGUCGUUUCACCUCUUGUGCCUCAGUUUUGCCUCUCUGUAAAAUGGGGAUACUACUGACCUACCUCAAGGGGUGCCGUCAGGCAGGAUCGUCUGUAAAAUGCAUGGAGAUCCUCACAGAUGGGGUUGGAGAAGGGUAAUUAUCACUAAGGUUAUUUAAUUUUUCCCGAAUAAUUUAAUCGGUGGUGGAGAAGGUUUGCUUAAGGCAUUUGACUGUUGCUAUCUCCUACGAGGAUCCAGGUUGGGUAAUGGAUGGUUCUGGGGCCAGGCUGCUCCCAGCUGGGCCCCCACUUGUGACCUGCCCUCCAGCAGGAGCAGAGGUGACUGACUGAGCCUGGGUCCGUGCUGCUGCAAACUCAAUCGUUGCAAAUAAAACGUGAGAUCAAAAGCA